AUGACCAAGGGCCCUCGGAAAGUGAAGCUAGUCAUUGUAGUCAACAAUAAGAAAGAUCCUCCCACAUUCAAAACCCUGACGCCGACCUCACGUACUCAGCUGAAGCAACAGUUGAUGCGAGAGCAUGCCCAGGAGCAACUACGUAGAGAAUCAUUACAGGCACAGCAGGGGCAGUCGAAGGAGAAUGCCGAAGACAAAAAGAAGUCGAGUCCGACGGACGUGCCACGUAUUACGCCACACGUCGAGUUACCGCCGCAAGUGUUGCAGGUGCGAACAGUUCUGGAGAACCCCACCAGGUAUCACGUGAUCCAGAAGCAGAAGAGUCAAGUGCGUCAGUACCUCAGCGAAUCAUUUCAGCCUCAAGCACAGGUUGCAGCGAGCACUAGACCGGGGCCGGUGCAGUCGGCGCCGGAGCUGUGCGCCUCGCCGGAACGAACCUCUACUUCCGGUCUGCUCAGCCCUGGAUUAUGUUCCUCCACAGCGCACACAUCCGAACCGGACGAGUUCCUGGAGGACAUCCUGUCGUUCGACAGCGGCGCGGCGCACUCGUCGUCCGGGCCGCCGUCCGCCGCCAGCUCGCUGGCCGGCGACUGCGCGCUCACCGACGCAGACAUGCACGCGCUCGCCAAGGACCGCCAGAAGAAGGACAACCACAACAUGAUCGAAAGGCGUCGUCGAUUCAACAUAAACGACCGGAUCAAGGAGCUCGGAACACUACUACCGAAGACGAACGAUCCGUUCUACGAGGUGAUCCGGGAUGUGAGGCCCAACAAGGGCACUAUACUGAAGAGUAGUGUUGACUACAUCAAGUGCCUGCGGGAUGAAGUCAAUCGUCUCAAGCAAAGUGAACAAAGGCGGAAGCAGAUGGAAAUUCACAACAGGAAGCUCAUGCUCAGGAUACAGGAGAUGGUGUUACCGAAGAGUGAACCAGCGCCUGCAAUGGAAGUGAGCGAAGCGCCCGACUUGCUUCGAGAUAUGCCAACCCUCGACGCACUUGACGGUCUCAAACUCGGGUCGUGUUCACCGCUAGGGCGCGAAGGGCUCCCUGAAGGUCUGCCCGAGGGCCUACCGGAGGGCCUGGGCGAAAGCCUGCCUGAAGGCCUGGGCGAAGGCCUAGCGCUAGGCUGCCUAACGCCGGCGCUGUGCCUCGACUCCGCACCCGAUAUAUUCGACCACAAGGACGUCAAGAUGCGGUUAUCGCCAUCGCCGGGGCUGCUGGGCAGCGAGGACAGCGAUGCCGUUCUAAACCUGGCGGAAAUCGAGGACCUGAUGGACGACGACUCACACAAUCCUGUCACACAAGGGGAUCCGAUGUUAUGCUCGUCGCCCACAUCACUGGGGCUUUGCACGUCCGAACAGUUGUUGCACGACGACUCACAUUACACCUCCCACCACCACGGUGCGGCGCUGCUGAGCGAGGGCCUGGGGCUGGGCACGGCGCUGUCGCUGGGCGACAGCUGCCUGCCCGGCCUGCUGCUGCACGCCGCGCCGCACUCCCCGCGCUCCCCGCACUCCCCGCACUCGCCGCGCCAUGCCCGGCCCUCCUGCUUCGACAUGGACCUCGGAGCAUGA